AUGUCGCCCCUACUUCCGAAGGCGCCGUCAUCGGCGUCAAAGAUCAACAUUACCUCGGGUCAACUUCCGCCGUAUGUUACGGCCUCGCAAGCUCCUACCAAGAAAUCCCCGUGGCGCACCAUCCGCGGGCUUGAUUAUAAUCAAUAUGCGGCGGUCAUUAUGCCCGAGGAGCUAUACCAUCUCAUCUGGAAGAAAGUGGAAGCAAACAUAAUGCCCAUGAAAUAUUCAAAAGUCAUUAUGAAGCUCGAAGAUGUACUCAAUGGGGAGUUUUUCACUGCAUACGUCAAAAGAGGAAACAUCCUCAUGCUCUCAGAGGGUGAAGCAGGAGUUGAAAACAACUUUUCGUUGAAGGAAGGAGUCCUGAGGUUGGACCUUACGAAAGACUCAUACGAGCGAGCUGGUCUGCAAGGCACGCCGAUACCGUCUGGCGGCAGCAAACAUGUCAAGUUGAGAUACCUCGUAGAGAUCAACCUUCGCCUCCCUUCAAUGCUACACGGCAAAAAAGGCUUCGAGCGGCUCGUCUGGGCCGCAAAGAAUGUUCUGAACAGAAGUCUCCACUGGCUCUUCGUAGAUCUCAAUACAAACAUUGAAGAUAUCUCGGGUCAGAACACACUGCCUUUAAGCGUACACUAUCCUACCACCCACACAUUGGCGCCGUCGACACAGUCUCUGCCAAACACCCUGACCCCCCGUACAAUUGCUUCCAUAGCUGAUGGGGUCUCUCUUCUGCCUGCAGAGGCACAUGAGUCUUUGUUUGAUGUACUGGAAUAUGUCGAUAUGCUCUCACUGGCUUCGCCUCGCGUCCAAGCCACCCACCAGACUCACUCUUUCCUCAGCCGCUAUGAGGUGCCCGACCUCCCAGACGAUGUCGACUUCAAUGGCCCCAGCACGCCAGGCCAAAUCGUCAAAUUGCUUAGGUGGACUGGCCUCAUACCGUCUCGAUGGGUGUUGGAAUUAUUUUGUGCUGUCAUAAGAUACUCUCGAGCCGAAGUCUUCGAAGCACUACCGAAGCAGCAGCAAUGGCUGGCGAUGAGUGUCUCUUCCCACAAGACGCAAGCGGUCAACCAGGUCGACGGUUAUACGCUCUUACUUCAGCCGGCCCGGGCUGCUGGACAGCCUCGAAAUCCCCAUCCAGACACCCAAAUCGCUGCCACUCCAGAGGACAUAGACAUGGACCAAGUGGAGGUCGUACGGCAACCUUCAACCCAACAGCAGGGCGACGAUGUGGAUAUAACCCUGGCACCGACACCCGAAAACCCCCAGCAAACGAAGGAGCCUGCUCCAUCGAAGGUGGGGUUUCAGUGUUAUCUCUGUGCCGAAUACAUUGGCAGCCUGACCUAG